AUGAGUAAGAAAGAGUACAAUGGGGAACAUAAAAAGCAUGAAAAAUUACUAAGAAGGAAGAAGGAAGAUGAAAAACAAAGAUUUUUAGAAGAAUUGGAAAAAGCUGUCAAAGAAGGUAGAGAAUGGGAGGUUGUAAAUAGAGAACUAAAUAAGUGGAAAGGGAUAAAUCGAAAUAUUAAAAUGGAAGAAUGGACAGAAUAUUUUAGAGAGAUGGCCGGUGGUGUACAGAAUAGAUUAAGAGGUGAAGGUAGGAGAAGAAGUGUGGAGAAAGGAGGGGAGGAAAUUAGGAAGGAAGAAUUGAUACAGGCAAUAGGUAAAAUGAAAAGAAAUAAGGCAGUAGGACAUGAUGGCAUGGAAAGUGAAAGCUUAAUGUGGGGAGGAGAUGUGGUCGAUGAAGAGUUAUUAGAUGUAGUAAGAAGGGUAUGGGGAGUUGAAGGGUGGUCAGAAGAUUGGAAAACGGGAGUGAUAGUACCACUGGUAAAGAAAGGGGAAGGGAAAACUGUAGAAGAAUAUAGGGGAAUAACAUUGAUGCCGGUAGGGUACAAAGUGUAUGCGGAGAUUUUAAGGAAAAAGUUAGAAGAGAACGUAGAAAGAUUAGGAGGAAUCCCCCAUAGCCAAGCAGGUUUUAAAAAAGGAAUGGGGACUAUGGACCAUAUUUACACGUUGAAUUACCUGGUUAGCAGAAAUUUAGCAAGGAAAAAAGGGAAAUUAUUAGCGCUAUUUGUAGAUUUUAAGGGGGCCUUCCCUUCGGUGAAUAGAAGCAUAUUGUGGGAAGUAAUGAGAAAGCAAGGAAUAGAAGAUGAUUUGAUUGAGAGGAUAAAAGAAAUGUAUGAGGAUGUAAGAACGAGAGUGAGGGUAGGAGAGUAUGCAUGA